AUGAUGGAGAGACUACAUCCUCUCGCCCAGAAGCGUGGCCUACCACUCCCACCACCUAGGAGCCUGAAGAAAACAUCAAAGGUCGCAAGGGCGUGCGAGAAAUGUCGGGAGCUGCGAAAACGGUGCGAUGGUUUAAGGCCCUGCGAAAGUUGUCAGGGGCUCAACAUCGAAUGCAAAUACUCCGGCGUUGACGGACGGAAAAAGGAAGAUUGGAAAGCACGAGUCAAAGCCCUCGAGCAACGAAACGCCUAUCUCGAACAAAUCGUUCAGCAACGGGGUUUGCUCCGGCCUGACGGGACGGCAGUCUCUUUCGUUCAGGCUCCGAGCCAGGAGGAUCAAAGUCAAAGUCAACGUGAGGAUCAGACUCCAAGAAACAAUAACAAUGAAGUGGAAUCUGGAAGUUCUUCAUCCCGGACUUACCGGAGUACGCAGCAGAGCACGCAACAGAGCACCCAGCAGAGCACGCCCCCCGACGAUCAAGACUUACAGCGUCUUUUCUACGCUGCCACCGCUUCUCAUCCGUUGGUCGGUCCGUUGGGUAGACAGAUCCAGUACGGGCGGCCUUGGGAGAACAGGCGCGAUCGACUCCCUGACGAGGCGACUACGCGACGCGCGGUUGCGGCGUUCUUCCAGUGUGCGGCGACCUUGUUUUAUGUGACGACAGAGAGAAAGUCGGGCCAGCUACUCGACAAAGUGUUUCACACCAAUGAUGCGACGGCACAGGACGUCUGCGAGGUUGCCGCAUGUGCUGCGAUCGGUUGCCAUUAUAAGAUCGAUGAGAUUUGUGAUGAAGCGCGGGCGGCGUUCUUCUACCUCGCCUCUGCCAGUCUAAAUGAGGCGUUCGAGGCGAGUCAUAUCCAGGGAAUGCGGAUUUUUGUUUUGCUCUGUAUGAGCUGUAUCAUGGAUAAGAGCUCCAAUGCGAGACUGUUGAUAAUGUCUGCGUUGAACCUGGCGAGAGUGGAUAUGGACGCCAGAUUACAGAGCGCUACUUCCGAUGUCAUCAGUGACGACGAAUACCGACGGACAUUGCAAACAUUGAUAUUCCUUGAAGGGUACGCUAACAGGAGUGGUGCCUGCUGCUGA